ACAGUACGAAGGAGGUGUGUUGAUCCAUUAUCUAUAGCUAAUGGAAGUGGCAAAAACACUAACACUUUCCAUGUUCCAAUUUCCAGUAGAAUAGGCAAAAGCAACAUUCAUUCAUUCAUUCCAGUGACUAUUAUUUAUUAACAAUUCUUAUAUCCUCCAAUUUGCGUGUUUCCUUCUAUCUCCUCAACUACCAGACAAAUUUUUCAUUCUCAGCAUCUCCACCCAACCUACGUACCUGGAUACCCCUAAUUCCAAUUUCUUUGGUUCUUGCUUUCCUUUCCCUUCUCAGUUCUCACCAUGGCUUCUUUGAUUCAAUGUUCCGCAACUUCCCUCUCUGCAACUCGAGGAGACUAUGUUGGCUUCUAUCAACCCCGUUUCACCAGGACCCACAAGUGUCGGGUUCGUUGCUCCUUGGAUGCUAAUGUUUCUGACAUGAGCGUUAACGCACCAAAAGGGUUGUUUCCUCCGGAGCCUGAGCACUAUCGAGGACCAAAGCUGAAAGUGGCUAUUGUUGGAGCUGGGCUUGCUGGCAUGUCAACUGCAGUGGAACUAUUGGAUCAAGGGCAUGAGGUGGAUAUAUAUGAGUCGAGGCCUUUUAUUGGGGGCAAAGUUGGUUCCUUUGUUGACAAACGUGGGAAUCACAUUGAAAUGGGACUGCAUGUUUUCUUUGGUUGCUAUAACAAUCUCUUCCGAUUGAUGAAAAAGGUGGGUGCUGAUAACAAUCUACUUGUGAAGGAUCACACUCACACUUUUAUUAACAAAGGGGGUCAAAUUGGAGAACUAGAUUUUCGCUUCCCAGUUGGAGCACCAAUACAUGGGAUAAGGGCAUUUUUGUCUACAAACCAGCUUAAUACUUAUGAUAAGGCUAGAAAUGCCUUGGCUCUUGCACUGAGUCCAGUUGUCAAAGCUCUUGUUGAUCCAGAUGGUGCGCUGAGGGACAUAAGGAAUUUGGAUAGUAUUAGCUUUUCAGAUUGGUUUUUAUCCAAAGGUGGUACACGCAUGAGUAUUCAAAAAAUGUGGGAUCCAGUUGCCUAUGCCCUUGGGUUUAUUGACUGUGAUAAUAUGAGUGCCCGCUGCAUGCUCACCAUAUUUGCAUUGUUUGCCACAAAGACUGAGGCUUCCCUUUUGCGAAUGCUAAAGGGUUCACCAGAUGUUUAUCUGAGUGGCCCCAUCAGGAAGUACAUCACAGAUAGAGGGGGCAGGUUCCAUCUUAGGUGGGGAUGCAGAGAAGUACUUUAUGACAAAUCUGCUGAUGGGAGUAUUUAUGUUAAAGGACUUUCUAUGUCAAAGGCUACUGCCAAGAAAGUUGUGAAAGCUGAUGCUUAUGUUGCCGCUUGUGACGUCCCUGGAAUCAAGAGAUUGAUUCCAUCAGAGUGGAGAGAACAGAAGUUUUUCAAUAACAUAUAUGAAUUAGUUGGAGUUCCUGUAGUCACAGUGCAACUCAGAUACAAUGGUUGGGUUACAGAGUUGCAGGAUCUAGAAAAGUCUAGGCAACUGAGCAAAGCUGUAGGGUUGGAUAACCUUCUCUAUACACCCGAUGCAGAUUUUUCUUGCUUUGCAGACCUUGCACUUUCAUCUCCAGUAGAUUAUUACAUUGAGGGACAAGGAUCAUUGCUCCAAUGUGUUCUGACACCAGGAGAUCCAUACAUGCCCUUACCAAAUGAGGAAAUUGUUGCAAGGGUAGCAAAACAGGUUUUGGCAUUAUUCCCAUCAUCUCAAGGUUUAGAAGUGACUUGGUCUUCUGUGGUUAAAAUUGGUCAAUCUCUUUACCGCGAGGCACCUGGUAAAGAUCCAUUUAGACCCGAUCAAAAGACACCAGUGAAGAAUUUCUUUCUUGCUGGCUCUUACACAAAGCAGGACUACAUAGACAGCAUGGAAGGUGCAACCUUGUCAGGCAGACAAGCUUCGGCCUAUAUCUGUAAUGCAGGGGAAGGAUUGGUGGCACUGCGAAAGAAGCUUGAUGCUGAGGAUUUAAUUACAAACACUAAAGAUGAACUGAGCCUAGUAUGAGAAAUUUCCAUGAGGUGGUCGGUCAUGUGGACAUACAAUGUAUAUUCAGUCCAAAAGGAAUUACAGAAUUUUGAUUGUUUCGAAGCAACUAGUGUUGCUUAUAGCUCUCAUAAUUUCCGGUGUUUAUAAAUUGAUAUUCCUAUCCAGCCAUUCACACAUGUCCGGCCCAAUCAUAAGUAUGGAUUAAAGUAAAUUGAUAUAAUUUUUUUCCUUUAAAUAAGAAAGAUAUAUGUUAAGUUCUUUUGCGGCAA